GUUACAAAGUCAUUGACUUGGAUUGCCUUUUAUUGCUUGCUUGAGAACUGUCAUUUAUUAAAAUAGAUUCACUCUUCUGUGAAGUGGACCUACUCUUAAUAGAGGUAAAAUGGCUAUGGUCCGGAGCUUGCGUCUCUUUGUAAGUUUGCAGAUGAUCAGUCAAUAUUUCAGCUGUCCUGAGGAAUGUGAUUGCUCCACAAUUGCAGCACACUGUGGAAUCAGCAGUGGAAAGAUACCCACAAAAGUACCUGGGCUUUUACCAGCAAAUUUAUCGAUUCUGUUCUUGGUAAACACAAAGAUUGCCAAGCUAGAAGCGAACAGCUUUGCAGGGCAAGUAGCUUUGAAACAACUUGUGUUGAAUGGCAGUCUUCUAACAGAUGUUUCUGAAGGAGCUUUCAAUAACCUACACAAUCUUAGUUCACUAAUGGUGGCAAACAGUUUACUGAAAUUAAUGCCUGUUGGAGUUCUUGACACAUUGGUUAAUCUUAAACAACUUUAUUUAAUUAAGAACAAUCUGACCAAAGUGGAUCCUGGUCUAUUUGAUCACCUUAUUAACCUAGAAGAACUUUAUUUAUAUCGAAAUAAAUUAGAAGCUCUUCCCAAUGGUAUUUUUGGCCGUCUUGGGUGUCUCAUUAAAUUGCAUUUAGGGGGAAAUCAACUUCGUGUUCUUCCAGCAAACAUAUUUGACAAGCUAAGGAAUCUUCAAAUUCUUCGACUAUAUGAAAAUAAACUUAAUGACAUUCCUUCAGGCCUCUUUGAUAAACUAUUAAAUCUCACUGAACUUUUACUUCAGGGUAAUUAUAUUAGAAAUCUUUCUAGUGAUACCUUUUCUCAAUUGCAGAACCUGAAGAAAUUAAUUAUUGCAAAAAAUAGAUCAGUGGAAGUACAACCAACAACUUUUCAUAACUUGAUCAACCUUAAUACAUUGUCAAUGUAUUCUAAUAAAUUGGUGCAACUUCCAGUCAGCAUAUUUGGUAAGAUGAAGAAGCUGGAGAAAUUAUAUUUACAUGAUAAUCAGCUUGUCAAUUUUCCAGAUAAUAUAUUUUGCAAUUUGACUAAUUUAAAAUUGUUGACCUUGAACCAAAACAAACUUGCCAUCCUAUCAAUGCAUAUGUUUAAUGGCAUUAAUGAUCUUCAAAUGCUUUACCUUCAUAAAAACCAUCUUACUUUUUUAAGCGAUGAUAUAUUUAGUCACCUUCAAAAACUGCAAUACCUCUCACUGGAUUCUAACCAACUUCAUUCUUUUUCUGGAAAUGUUUUUAACAACCUGAAUAAGCUGACUACCAUUCAAUUAGAGUCAAACAGGUUGCAAAAUAUCCCACAAGGACUGUUUGAUUUCUUACCAAGUAUAAAGAAAGUUUACUUGUACAAUAACAUUUGGAACUGCGACUGUUGGAUUUUAUAUUUGAAAAAUUGGAUUUUGGAAAACAAAAAUAAGGUUAUGAAGCUCAAUGAAAUAAGAUGUAAAACCCCGAUGGAUUUGAAUAACCAGCUUAUUCUAACAUUGAAUGAAAGCCAGCUGAGCUGCAGUUUUCCACUGACAAAUGUUACAUCAAAAAUGGAGGCUUAUUUUCAAACAAGCAAGACUUCAACAGAACAGCAUAGUUCUAUGCACACAAUACAAUCAAAAUCAAUGCAAACAGAGGAUGUGACAUUUGCAUCCAUUCAGAAAGCCACAGAUUCUACCACACUCGCUAGAGAAGAUAGGUCCAGAGAGACAAUGAGCUUUACCACAACUGAUGAUAUUUCUUCAGCCAAGCUAAUUAACAGCAACGUAACAAAAAUAACAAUGUUUCAUAAUGAAAAGAUGAUGAAGAUCCAGAAAUUGGGUUCUGCAAGAAUUCCAUGCAAAAUCAUUCUGCUUUUGUAUAUUGCUCUAAGUGCAAUACAGUUAUGCUUUAUACUUAUAACUUUGUACAUUGUGUUUGCUGUUAGAAAAACACAGCUUUGUCAGAUUAGCACAUUCACUGUGCCUGUUGUUCUUUUGAGGCUUUCUGAAAGUUUCCCACAUGCCACAGGAUAGAAUUACCUGGGUAUGAUUGGGGCGUCACUUACGGCAAGUUUGGAUGAAGGAUUUAUACAACAGACUUUCACUCAUUUAUGGCAGAUGAUGGACACACAAAACUCCUUUCUUAACAGAACCAUUACUACAUCAUUUUGAAAGCAAUAUAAUUUAAUGUUUUAGAUAUGGGAAAUUGAUCUUAAAUAUUGUGGACAUAAAAAAAAGGUGCCUGAAAGAUGCCUGAGUUGUUAAGUUGGGUAUUGUAAGUGUAAGUAGUUUACAUACAUAGAAUCCCUAACGUGUAGAAACAGGCCAUUCGGCCCAUCAAGUCCACACCACCCCUCCAAAGACAUCCCAGCCAGACCCAUUCUCCUAUCGCUGCAUUUCCCAUGUCUAACACACCUAACCCAAAAAUCCCUGGACAAUACGGGCAAUU